AUGAACAUCUCAAUGCAGUUGGCAGUUGUAGUAGCAGCGGUGGCGUGCCUGUGUGUGGUGGCAGGAGCACCUGACGGACGUCUUACUCGCACCAAACAACAACGCCCCACCCGUGGUUUCAAGAAUGUCGAGAUGAUGACCGCACGGGGCUUCGGCAAGAGGGACAGGCCACAUACGAGGGCUGAGCGGGACGUAGAGAAAGAUGCGUCCGCCAGCCGUACGCUACGUGGUAUUCCUACAUUUAAGAGUCCUACUGUUGGAAUCGCAAGAGAUUUUGGUAAAAGAACUCCGGAAUGGAAUAGUGAAGCUCAAGCCGGUUAUGAAGGUCACCCACGUAGGAGGUUCGAUCCCAAGAACAGUCUGAUGGUGGCCUAUGAUUUUGGCAAAAGGAGUGGUAAUGAUGAAAAUGUCGAUGAAGUGUACGGCCUGGAUAACUUCUGGGAGCUGCUAGAGAACGCACCUGACAGGGAAGGCAUGGACGGAGCUGAUGAGAAGACUCUUGAAAGCAUUCCUCUAGACUGGUUUGUGCACGAGAUGCUGAACAACCCCGACUUCGCGCGAUCUCUGGUUCGCAAAUUCGUUGAUAUUAAUCAGGACGGCAUGCUAUCAUCGGACGAACUACUCAGGAACGUGGUUUAA